AUGGGGCUGUUUGUCUACGUUCAUGGCACCUAUCGACCAAUUAUGGGUCUGAAAAUCUUCGGUAAAGUAUCCUCUAAAUUAAAAUACAUGAUUAGUUUUGAAACGGUUAUUUCCUUCCUCUCGAGACACCUCAACCCAUAUCAAACCUAUCCGCCUGAAACUUGCCUCUUCCCAGUCUCGUCUCUUCUCAGCUCUUCUCAUUUAUCCUCCAGCGUAAUACUUAACUUGUUUGAACGAAAAUCUGACUCGCCGAAAAGUUAUCUAAGCGAAUUCGGGACAGAUAAUGGGAUCGAGAUCGGUUUCAAUGCUUGUGGGAUUAAGUUUUGUGGGCUACUGCUCCCAAUAGUCGGUUUCGCACACUUGUUUUUCGGUGUUGACUUUAAACUUUGUUCUCGGAGGGAGCUGCAAGAGACGCUGAUUGAUUUACUAACUAAAUUAAUGGUAAUGAUCAUCAAGACAUUGACGGACGUCGGUUCAUUUAUUUUCACUAAUGUAAUUUGCACAACUCUCGCGGACUAUCAAGAAAAAGAUCAUAGUUCGAAGGACAAGCGUGCAUCAAAUAAUGGCUCGCAUGCGGAAAACCACACAAUUGCCAACAAAAACGGAUUACUUAGUGUUGCCAAAAACAAUUUCUCGAGUAACAAUAGUGAUGUCUUCAAUGACACUAAGGUCACCAAAGAUAAGGAUGGCGCCCAUAUAAGUAAAAUCGCCGGAGAUACUUUCGCUAAUGAAAGCGUUUCAAACCAGACAAAAUUAGUCAAGAAUAAAGAUGGCAGCACUAUCAUCGAAGAAAGCGUUAAGACAGUAGAUACGAACCAUACUGACGUUACCAAGACAGAAAAAGUUCUGAAUGCAGAUGGUGGGAUCACUGAUAAAGAAACUAAGAUUAAUAAAUCCAAAAACAGAACAACUGAUGACAAGACUCACCUUAUUCAAAAUAAGGAUGGUACUGCCACUGUUGAGAGUGUUAUCACAAUUACCGACGACAACACGACUACUACCAACCAGACUGGUGUAACAAAUAACAAAUAUGGUACCUCGAUUAUGGAUCCUCAUAUUACAGUCGAACAUGAUAAGGAGACCACUGUUUACAAGACGGACGUCACCAAGAAUAAGGAUGGAACUACAACUGUUGAUGAGUUUGUUAUUAUUACGACUAAAUAUAGCAAAAUUAUUCAUCAUAUUGUCAAACGCAAAUACGCCAAUGGAUACAUUAAAAUUAUAACAGAUACCGUCACUAGGAAUUGUAUUACCUACAACUGCAACCAGAAAUUCUCAGGACCGUUACGAGAUGCUUGUAAUAAACAUGUUCCUAUUUAA